UUUUCUGUUGCCCCCAGAAAAAGAAUUAUCAAGAAUGAUGCCCAGAGAAAGGGAAAAUGAAGAACAGAAUAAUGAGGCAGCUCUGCAUUGACAAGCUGCAUUUUAACUGAAGCUACAACUUGCAAGACCUGACAGUGGUAGGAGUGCCGAAGAUGCCUAAGUUAGUCUUGCAAAUGAAGAGAAACAAGUGUCUCUACAGUUGUCCUUCACGAAGGAAGAUCCUGAUCCUCUGUGUUACUGGGUGGCUAAUAGCAUUGCUGAAGCUUCUCCACGUUGAAAGACACUUUUUCCCCUCUAAGGGUGUUUAUUUGGUUGAGCACUUCUUGGGCACAUCUUCUUACAUUAGAAACAGUUAUUUCUACCUUAGGAAUGAGUUCCAGUAUGAAAUUAACUGUUCAUCUAUAUAUGAACAAGAUCCGCAUGAAAUUGGCAAGAGUUUAGAGAUAAGAAGGAAAGAGAUAAUUGAUUUAGCUGAUGAGGAUGUAAUAGCAAUGACAAGUGCUUGUGACAUGUAUCGUUCACUUAGGAAAUACCACCUAAAACCUAUUUCUCCGGAGGAGGAAAGUUUUCCAGUCGCCUAUUCCUUGGUUGUUCACAAAGAUGCAAUAAUGGUAGAAAGGCUCAUACAUUCACUGUACAGUCAUCAAAAUAUUUAUUGCAUCCAUUAUGACCAAAAAGCAGCAAAAAGUUUCAAGUCUGCUAUGAACAAUCUAGCUAAAUGUUUCCCCAAUAUUUUCAUUGCAUCAAAAUUGGAGACAGUGGACUAUGCACAUAUUUCACGGCUGCAGGCAGAUUUCAAUUGUUUGUCUGAUUUGAUGGAGUCUUCUGUUCCUUGGAAGUAUGCUAUUAAUCUGUGUGGCCAAGAUUUCCCUUUGAGGUCAAAUUUUGAGCUGGUUGCUGAACUGAAGAAACUUGGUGGAGGAAAUAUGCUGGAAACUAUAAAGCCAAGCAGCAGCAAAAGAGAACGAUUUACUUAUCACCAUGAACUUAUGAAAGUGCCUUAUGAGUACAUGCAGAUGCCUGUGAAAACAAACAUUUCUAAGAACCCACCACCUCAUAAUAUUGAGGUAUUUGUAGGCAGCGCCUAUUUCAUUUUAAGUCGAGCAUUUGUUCAAUAUACCCUUGAGAGUGCUCUUGCAAAAGACUUUUUUGAGUGGUCAAGGGAUACAUACUCUCCAGAUGAGCAUUUCUGGGCCUCCCUUGUACGUGUUCCUGGGGUCCCUGGGGAAGUUCCGAGGUCAGCCCAGGACAUAACAGACCUACAAAGCAAAACUCGUCUGGUGAAGUGGAAUUAUCUUGAAGAUCAUUUGUAUCCUCCUUGCACUGGCACACACCUUCGCAGUGUCUGCAUCUAUGGGGCUGCAGAGUUAAGAUGGCUUCUCAGUUACGGGCACUGGUUCGCCAACAAGUUUGACUCCAAAGUAGAUCCUGUCCUGGUGAAAUGCUUGGCAGAAAAACUGGCAGAACAACAGAAAGAGUGGGUGAAUUUGUCCUCUGAUGAGUACUUUCUGCACAUAAAUUCUACGAAUGCCUCACUUUAGCAGCACUGUGUUCCCUGCUGCCAGUACUGUGCACUGUUACACCACAGCGCCUGCAGUUUCUCUGCCCUGACUUGCCGCAGGAUGUUAAUGGCUGAUACCCUGCAUGAAGUUCAGGGUCCUGAAGCAAUAGGUUCCUGGCCAUUUAUUUAUUAAAAGUUAUAUCUGUCUGGUUAACUCUUUUGUAACUUGCCAUGAUAAUGCUGUAAUUGUUAUCAGGGUGAUUCUGAGAGGGUGGUGUUUGGAGGCUCUGGCACUGUCUGUCUCAAUGGAGUAUUUCAGAAAUGUGCUUUACAUCAAGUGUGUUUGCAUCUUUCCUAAGAAAUUCCAACAUCUCUCUCUGUCUGC